CCGGAUGUUGUAAUGUAGUUUUGCCCAGAGCGACUGAGUGGACCAUCAUCUUUUGUCAGAGCUCCAAACAGAGCUAACACUGCGUGUGUUCACUCACACAGACAUGAAGCACAACUCGAACGUCCCGGCCUUCCUCACCAAGCUGUGGACUCUGGUGGAGGAUGAAAACACCAACGAGUUUAUCUGCUGGAGCCAGGAGGGAAACAGCUUCCUGGUGUUGGACGAGCAGCAUUUUGCAAAAGAGAUCCUCCCGAAGUUCUUCAAGCACAACAACAUGGCCAGCUUCAUCCGACAGCUCAACAUGUAUGGUUUCCGUAAAGUGAUGCACAUGGACACAGGGAUUGUGAAACAGGAAAGAGACGGCCCGGUGGAGUUUCAGCACCCGUACUUUAAACAUGGUCAGGAUGACCUGCUGGAGAACAUCAAGAGAAAGGUUUCUAAUGCUCGACCCGAGGACUCAAAGAUCCGACAGGAGGACCUGACAAAGAUCAUAGCCAGCGUUCAGAGUGUUCACAGCAAACAGGAGAACAUCGACGCCCGGCUCAUCACACUGAAGAGGGAGAACGAGGCUCUGUGGAGGGAGAUCUCAGACCUGAGACAGAAACACGUUCACCAGCAGCAGCUCAUCAAAAAGUUGAUCCAUUUCAUCGUCACGUUGGUCCAGAACAACCACAUCCUGAAUUUAAAGCGUAAAAGGCCGAUUCUGAUGAACAGCAGCGGGAAGAAGCCCAAAUACAUCCAUGAGAUCUUUGAAGACAAAGUGUGUGCGGAUCAGUCGGCUGUCGGCAGUAUGAGCGGGGGAAAGGCAGAGGCUUCUGAUGAUGUCAUCAUCUGUGAUGUCACUGAGAGCGAUGUUGAGGUGACGGAGGAGUCACUGCAGGCGUUGGACCCCGGGUCAGAUGAAAUGAUUAUUAUUAAUAUUCACUCUGUUGUAGAUGAAGCGUCAGUCCGUCCACUCACACGCUGUCUGACCUCCUCCCUCAGAGAGAUGGAGAUCGUGGAGGUGGAGCUGUACAACGGGGCAGAGGCGGAGCUGAGCGCCAUCAGCUCAGAGGACAGCGGGCAGACGGAGAAUGGGAACAAGACGGGCAGCACGCCAGACAGUAACGCACCCACGACCAGCACAUCUCAUGCCUCUGCUCCGCCGGGCACCGCUCCGCCCAGCGUGGCUCCAACGAGCAGCACAUCCACCAGCUCCGCCCUGCAGCUGAACAAAGCUGCAUCUAUGAGUCUGGAGGACCCCGUGAAGAUGAUGGACUCCAUCCUGAACGAGAACGGAGCUAUCUCUCAGAACAUCAACCUUCUGGGAAAGCUGGAGCUGAUGGAUUAUCUGGACAGUAUCGACUGCAGUCUGGAGGAUUUUCAGGCCAUGCUGUACGGGAAACAGUUUGGAAUCGAUGUUGAUGCUCUGGAGGAGAGUGUGUCCUCCAAAGAGAGCCUCGUAGAGCUAACCAGAGGACGGACAGAAGAAGACAAUACAGAUAAACAGCUGAUCCAGUACACCUCCUGCCCCCUGCUGGCCUUCCUGGACGGCUGCACCCCUACUGCAGAUUUAGACCUGGGCUCCAGCAACUCCUCCUCCACCUCCCACCUGCAGCUCUCCUCCUCUGCCUCACUGGACUCCGCCCCCCUGUCAGACCUGCUGGAGUCCAGCCUGGAGACCAAGCAGUCGGCCCACAGCUCCCUGAUCCGUCUGGAGCCGCUGACCGAGGCUGAGGCCAGCCAGGAGACACUCUUCUACAUGUGUGAACUCAGUCCUGCUGCAGCCGAUACAGACUCCUCCCACAUGGACGCCCUUUGAAACAAACUCUGACCACCUGGACCGUGUCUGAGUGGAGGGGACUUUAGGGAGAGUGACCCCCUCAGUCUGAUGCUGAUCUCAGUGUGUGUGUGUGUGUGUGUCCUUCUUACAUUUUUAAGAAAACAUUUAAAGUUUAUAAAGUGUGAUGAAGGUGUUCUACUUCCCCUCUGAACACAUCAUCUUUCACAAAGAGUGAGACAGGCAGCUGAGUGCUCAGAGAGUGAGACAGCUAAGGACUCAGAGUGAGACAGGCGAGGGCUCAGAGAGUGAGGCAGCUGAGUGCUCAGAUAGUGAGACAGCUAAGGACUCGGAGAGUGAGGCAGCUGAGUGCUCAGAGUGAGACAGCUUAGGGCUCAGAGUGAGACAGUCAAAAUCUCAGAGAAUGAGACAGUCGAGGGCUCAGAGAGUGAGACAGCUUAGGGCUCAGAGUGAGACAGUCGAGUGUUCAAAGUGAGACAGUCGAGUGUUCAGAGUGAGACAGAUGAACUCUCUGUAGAUGAAUUAACUUUAUUUACUUUAAUGUUUUCUUCUAAGUGAUAGUGUGACACACACACACACACUGCUCCUUCAGCAGAGAUCUCUGAGUGUCAGUGAGGAGGCGUCACUCCUCUCCUGUAUUUACAGACUCAAACAUUUGUAUUAUUUAUUCUCUUUCUGUUCGUCUUUAAUGCUUUUGUUAUUUUACUGAGACUGUCCUUCAAACGUCAGUACUUCGCACAGACUUCUACUCCUCUUCUUCCUCUUCCUGCUGUUCUUCCUCUUCCUGCUCCUCCUUUCUGAAUUAGUUUUUUUUACGUUAAUGACAGCAGCAGUCUGCACAGCUGGGAAUAAAACCCAUUCAAACCUG